AUGUAUGUGUGUAUAGAAUGUGGGUGCAGGGCAAAACAAUUGUUUCUCAAGAAUUCCUCUGCCAAGCAGAUUUCGAAAUGCCUGGUAUGCUGCAAGAAGAUGGACAGAUACUUUGAGCUGAAUGGCCUGAUGAAGCUUAUAGACCUUCUCUUGCUCAAAAGGAGAAUCUUCAGACACUACCUCUUCAACAACAAAAAGGACUUCACCGGGGGCGCUCUGCUCAUGUUGGUCGUCAGGGUGCUUACCGGGCCCAUGCUUCGGCACCAUGAUGCCCUUAGGCUUCUUCUUUCUGGAGAAGGCCUGGGGAAGGCUGUUUCAGUUGAUGCAAUAUCCAUUGUCUUCAGAGAUGCUGUGGAGAGUCUCAUGGAGACCGGGCUUCUUCUAGUAUUAUCGUUCACUGUGUUCCACAGGCGUGCCGGAUUCAUAAAGCUAUCCAGUGCGCUUCUACUCUCAAGCUUCUACUACUUGUUUGUAUUCAUCAUGAUAAUGUGGAGGUAUCAGUGGGAGGAAUACCUGCCGGUCAUAGACUUUCUCUGCAUAGCAUCGAAUUCCAUUGUGGUCUCAGAGAUGUGCCUGGUGAGGAAUGAGACGGCAGCCGGAUGUUUGUAUGGAUGUAAAAUCGCCACAGGUUUACUGUGCAAAAGAAUUCUCGGGUCUAUUGGAUUAUAA